UUGAGCAUUUCAUUGCUUUGAUUCGCGGAUAGCACGUGUGUUAGUGGGCUCUCUCUAUCGUCUGGAUAAGUGUGGGGUGCUUCUUCUUUUGAGUCUAAGUGCUAGAUAAUAAAAGAUUAUGGCAGAAGCCAUCCAAAAAAAGUUUCAUACAGAAGUUGAGAAGUUCAAGCAACUACAGAAAGAUUACCAAAAAGCUUUGGCAGCUCGACAAACCCUCGAUGGCCAGAUGAAUGAAAAUGCUUUGGUCAAAGAGGAGAUGUCUCUUCUAGAGGACGGCGCCAAAGUUUACAAGCUGAUCGGCCCGGUACUGGUCAAACAGGACCCGGAGGAAGCCAGCCAAAACGUGGCCAAGCGACUCGACUACAUCAAGGGAGAACUGAAGCGGCACGAUGACCUGCUGAAGGACCUGGAGUCGAAACAGGAGGCCAGUCGGGAGGCGGUGGGGAAGCUUCAGCUCCAGCUGCGGCAGACACAGAGCAAGGGCUAGCCGACGGACGGAGACGCGGUGCGUGUGGUGAGACGGGCGGGCGACCCGAACUCGGGGAGCCGCCCGGCGCGGGAGGGAGGGACACAGACUCGGUGGGCGGAGCUGGGAGCUCGGAAGGUAACUACUAAUCAGAGUUCCCCCCGAUGGUGACACUGUGUUCCGUCGGCUGGUGCGUGUGGUGAUCCGCUGGUGUACUUGGAUUGUGACGUGGACACAGAUGUGGUCAGUGAGGGGUGGGCUUCAUUCUCCGUCUCGCGUGAAUGCCGUGGGAGUGUCUACACUGAUGCCGAUUUGGUUGGUCUCAUGCGUCCCGUAUCGGUGGUGAAAUCCAGUCUCACCUUGGUCACAGUCCCCGGCCCUACACAAUAACUCUGGCAAAUGUGUUCUCAUUGCACAGGAGUUGUUAUUAAAAUAUUGGCUCCUUUUUGCUGCGUUAAGAAUUUGUUACGCUUUUUUGCAUUGAAUUGUCCUGUUAACAUGUUUCUAAUACAAGCAAUGACCAUGCA